ACGCAAUGGCGUUGAUUGCCCCAAUGGUGUAAGACCAGCAAUGCAAGGAGAACCGUGAUAUUUCCACGAAAUCCAGUUUCCAUCCGCUAAAGUAAACAUGUCUGUUUCUCUCCGUUCCCUUCGUUUCAUCUUCUUCUCCGGGAAGUCCACGUACGCGUCGUGGAACCUCAUCCGUAUCUGACAAUUAAAUAGUUUUUUAUGUAAAAAAAUAAAAGAAAUAUAUUCUUCCCUUGUGAAGCGAUUCCCCGUUCACUUCUUUCUCUAUAAUUGAACUGCGAAUGGGUUAAACACCAUUUUGGUCGCCGUUGCCGCCGCAGCCAGCCGCAGCAGCAGCAGCAAAGAAAGGUGAGCGGCUAUGGAUCAGUUGGCCCCGACCUCCGCCAACAGCAGCCCUCUGACGCCCCUCGGCUUUCUCGAGCGCACCGCUACCGUCUACGGCGACCGCCGCUCCGUCGUCUACAACCGCACCGUCUACACCUGGUCGGACACGCACCGCCGCUGCCUCCGCCUCGCCUCCGCCCUGAGCUCCCUCGGCAUCUCCCGCGGCGAUGUGGUGUCUGUGCUCUCGCCCAACGUGCCGGCGAUGUACGAGAUGCACUUUGGAGUGCCGAUGAGCGGCGCCGUGCUCAACACCGUCAACCUCCGGCUCGACGCCCGCACCAUCUCCAUCCUCCUUCGCCACAGCGAAUCCAAGCUCGUCUUUGUCGACGUGGCGUCCGUUCCCCUUCUCGAUGAGGCCUUCCGCCUCUUCCCCGCCACCGUUCCCUGCCCUCGCGUCGUCGUCAUCGAGGACGCCUACGAGGAACUGCCGCCGGCUCCGAGUUCCGCACUCACCUACGAAAAGCUCAUCGAGAUGGGGGACCCGGAAUUCCGGUGGGUUGGACCACAGAGCGAGUGGGAUCCGAUGGUCCUCAACUACACCUCCGGCACCACAUCCUCCCCCAAGGGCGUCGUCCACUGCCACCGCGGUCUCUUCCUUGUCGUUCUCAGCUCCCUCAUGGAUUGGUCCGUUCCCCUAAAUCCCACCUACCUGUGGACCCUCCCCAUGUUCCACGCCAACGGCUGGAGCUUCCCCUGGGGAGUCGCCGCCGCCGGCGGUACAAACAUCUGCCUCCGCCGUUUCGACGCCGCCGCCGUCUACGCCGCCAUCGAGACGCACCGCGUGACCCACCUCUGCGGCGCGCCCGUGGUUCUCAACAUGAUAGCCAACGCCACCGAUUCCGCCCGCCGCCCACUACCGGGUCCAGUCCACAUCCUCACCGCCGGGGCGCCGCCGCCAGCGGCGGUGCUGCACCGCACCGAGGCCAUCGGCUUCACGGUCAGCCACGGGUACGGCCUCACCGAGACCGCGGGGCUGGUGGUGUCCUGCGCGUGGAAGGGUGGGCCGUGGGACCGCCUCCCGGCGUCGGAGCGCGCGCGGCUCAAAGCCCGGCAGGGCGUGCGCACGCUCCCUAUGGCAGCCGUCGACGUCAUCGACGACGCCACGGGGCAGAGCGUGAACAGGGACGGGGAGACCAUGGGCGAGGUCGUGCUCCGCGGCGGCUGCCUUAUGCUUGGCUACCUCAAGGACCCAGAGACCACGGCAAAGGCUAUGCGCGCCGACGGGUGGUUCUACACCGGCGACGUCGGGGUGAUGCACGCCGACGGCUAUCUGGAGAUCAAGGACCGGUCAAAGGACGUGAUCAUCAGCGGCGGAGAGAACUUGAGCAGCGUCGAGGUGGAGUCCAUCCUCUACGGCCACCCAGCGGUGAACGAGGCGGCGGUGGUGGCGCGGCCGGACGACUUCUGGGGCGAGACGCCAUGUGCGUUCGUGAGCCUGAAGGAAGGGGCAACCGUCGCGUCGCCACCGCCCACGGAGGCGGAGCUCAUCGCUUGGUGCCGCGAGAGGAUGCCGCGGUACAUGGUCCCGAAGACGGUGGUGUUCACGGCAGACCUGCCGAAGACGUCCACAGGGAAGAUCCAGAAGUUCGUACUCCGGGAGAUGGCCAAGAAGAUGGGCGCCGCCUCGUCGGCUCGGCCGAGCCGCAUGUAGGCGGGUGGGUCCACUCGGGCCGGGCCGGGUCCUUAGGAAAAACUCAUUAUUGGUGAUAAUAAUAAUCAUUCAUGACGAUGACUCAGCUGUGGGGAUAAAAACUUGCGAUUUGAUAUCUGGAUUAUCAUUAAAAAAAAAUUGUGAUUUGUCUCAAUUUUUUUUUAAACUUCAAUGAAUUUUCAUGAAUUAACCGGUAA